GGCAUUGCAAAUAACAACAAACGUGUCUGGGUUCUCUUUGCACUCUACAGCUACCUGUGAAUGAAGACAAACAAGUAAUUAUUUGCUGCAAGAUGAGGAGUGGCUCACUGUAGACAGCCAUGGCGCCUGGAGACAUGGUGCCAGAGCACGCCAAGCAGCAGAAACCCAAGGAGAAACAGCAGCGACCCAACCCAAGGAAGGCCUCUGUGCGAGACAGCGAGCCGGAUGGCUCCUUCGUGUUUGAGGCCUACGAGGCAUGGAAGGACUUCCAUAACUCCCUCAGGCAGUUCUAUGAAGUCGGGGAGCUCUGUGACGUCACCCUGAAAGUGGGCAGCAGGCUAAUACCAUGCCACAAGCUAGUGCUGGCCUGUGUCAUCCCUUACUUCAGGGCCAUGUUCCUUUCAGAGAUGUCCGAGGCCAAGCAGGACCUGAUCGAAAUCAAAGACUUUGACGGCGACGCCAUCCAGGACCUGGUGGGCUUCGCCUACUCCUCCCGGCUCACCCUGACCGUGGACAACGUCCAGCCGCUCCUCUACGCCGCCUGCAUCCUUCAGGUGGAGCUGGUGGCGCGCGCCUGCUGCGAGUACAUGAAGGCCCACUUUCAUCCCUCCAACUGCCUGGCCGUGCGCACCUUCGCCGAGAGCCACAACCGCGUCGACCUGAUGGACAUGGCGGACCGCUACGCGUGCGAGCACUUCCGCGAGGUGGUGGACUGCGAGGACUUUCCGUGCGUGUCGCCGCAGCACCUGCGCACCUUGCUCUCGUCCGGCGAGCUCAACAUCCACUCGGAGACGCAGGUGUACAAUGCCGCCGUCAAGUGGCUCAAAGCCAACCCCCAGAACCAUGAGGCCUGGCUGGACCAGAUCAUGUCUCAGGUGCGCCUCCCCCUGCUGCCUGUCGACUUCCUGACCGGCACAGUGGCCAAGGAGGAGAUGAUCAAGGCCAAUCUGAGCUGCCGCGACCUGCUGGAUGAAGCCAGGAACUACCACCUGCACCUCAGCAACAAGGUGGUGCCCGACUUUGAGUACUCGGUCCGCACUACUCCCAGAAAGCACACGGCAGGCGUGUUGUUCUGUGUCGGCGGCCGAGGCGGUUCUGGGGACCCGUUCCGCAGCAUUGAGUGUUACUCCAUCAGCAAGAACAGCUGGUUCUUUGGACCGGAGAUGAACAGCCGACGCCGGCACGUUGGAGUCAUAUCUGUAGGAGGUAAGGUGUAUGCCGUUGGUGGCCAUGACGGCAGUGAACACCUGGGCAACAUGGAGAUGUUCGAUCCCCUCACCAACAAGUGGAUGAUGAAGGCCUCCAUGAACACAAAAAGGAGGGGGAUAGCGUUGGCUGCUCUGGGAGGGCCCAUCUAUGCUAUCGGAGGCCUGGACGACAACUCGUGCUUUAACGACGUCGAGAGAUACGACAUUGAGUGCGACCGCUGGAGCGCUGUGGCCCCCAUGAACACGCCCAGGGGUGGGGUGGGAUCUGUGGCCUUAGGGAGCCAUGUGUAUGCAGUGGGGGGGAAUGACGGCGUGGCGUCCCUGUCGAGCGUGGAGCGCUUCGACCCCCACCUCAACAAGUGGACGGAGGUCAGAGAGAUGGGCCAGCGGAGGGCGGGCAACGGCGUCAGCGAGCUCAACGGCUGCCUCUACGUCGUGGGGGGCUUUGACGACAACUCGCCGCUGAGCUCGGUGGAGAGGUUCGACCCCCGGCUCCACCGCUGGGACUACGUCUCGGAGCUGACCACGCCCCGCGGCGGAGUCGGCGUGGCCUCCGUCAUGGGGCGGGUGUUUGCCGUCGGGGGGCACAACGGCAACAUCUACCUGAACACCGUGGAGGCCUUCGACCCCCGCAUGAACAGGUGGGAGCUGGUGGGCUCAGUGUCCCACUGUCGGGCCGGCGCGGGCGUGGCUGUGUGCACCUCCCACAUCAGUCAGAUAAGGGACGUGGGCCAGGGUUCGAGCAACGUGGUGGACUGCAUGUGACCGCUGAACACCGGAACCCUGACCAGACCAGCACGGCUGCCGACGGAACACUUGUCCCAAACCCAACCACACGGACGUGGACUCGUUCCACCUCCUUUUAUUAGUACGCGCUAUCGCCACGAAGGCUAAAUGCAAUUCUUUGACUAGUUACAGGAACACUGCACAAUCACUUCCUGUUUGUGCCCCUCAGAAUACUUUUAUGCACCGUGACGGUCAGAUGGUCACUGAGACUUUGCGUAGAUUUGCGACGUGUCCGAAUCUUCUUCGGCUUCUCUUAGGCCUGUGGAAGCCGAAAAAGUGUUUCAGUAGUUUUGUUUUGUACAUUUGCGAUAUUUUCAGUUUAGUUAUGUAUUUCACGAUGUACUGUAUUCCCGUGGUUUUGUUCUUUGACCUGGUUACUCAAGGGAACAUGACUGACAGCAUUCUGUAUAGCGAGGUUAACAAGCUUCAUUUUCUAUUGAACAUAGGUUUUCUCUUGAAAUAAUUGUGUUUCCACUUGUUAUCCCGAUAAAUAAAAAGUAUUCAGGUAUUUCAGAUAACUGUAGACUUAAGGUUUUACCUGUCAUAGACUUUUUGUCUCAGAGAGUGUGUCUUUGCCUCAGCGCUAAUCUGACUAUCUGCCGCUUGUAUUUGCGUUUGAACAAUCAUUCCUGGCAGGAAAGGACCGGAAGGGUCUGUGUUGGGAAGACUUGGAUCUGAAAAUUACACUGCAAUAAAUGAUGGCUGCUGUUCUAUUGCUGCCUUCCCACCUCACCAAACUAAACUUCCCCAGGGAACAUACAAAAUUUGGACAGAAUUGAUAUAAAGAUGGAGAGAAAGGUUACACUCUAUGUAAUAAAUAUUAGGACCAUUGCCACAGGGAAAAGGAGACAAUUAAGAUAGCUGGACUGUCAGUGAUUGAGCGUGUGUUUGGGAGUGUAAAGAGAUGGGGAAUGAUCUGCCAAAAGGUUAAGAUAUAUUUUAAUAUAUGGGGUAUCACAAACUCACUGCAUAUAUUUUGCGUUAUCCUUUAAUAUCUUAUUGAAUUUGUUGUGCACUAUUUUCCUAGAAUAGAAGUAAGGAUUUACUAUAUAUUUUGUCUGUUUUGUACUGUACAUUUUGAUGAUAUUGGCAGUAUCUGCUUUUGUAAGCUCUGAUGCAAGAGGUAGUUGCAUAUCCUGGCCACCUUAAGGCAUUCAGGUAACUGUUUGGAUUUAUUUUUGGUUCUAUUCUUCAAAACAGGUGUGUGAAAUUGAAUUGUAUGAAAAUAUUUAAAUACUUUAUUGAGAUGCCAUGUUAGAUACGCUGUUUGUGAAUUCAGUCUAACUCAUGUAGGACAUUUGUUACACCAGACAGAGCUAUGCUGACUGUGACAGAAAAUGUCUGGCGCUUUUGUAAACUUGAUCAGUAUGUUUUGAUGCACAAUAUGCUGUACUUUUGUGUUUCUUUCAUUUUUAAAGCUGGCUAUUUAGUUGGUGUUAUUAAAAUAUGUAUUAAAUUAAUGAA